AUGGUCACGGACAAUGGUACCCAGUUUGACAAUGAUGAAUUGAGGGCUUACACUGAAAACUUGGGCACUAGAAUCCUCUAUGCGUCCCCGGCUCACCCCCAGACCAAUGGUCAGGUCGAGGCUGUCAACAAGAUAAUCAAGAAGAUACUAAAGAAGAAGCUCGAUGAAGCCAAGGGUCUUUGGGCUGCUAAACUCCCGGAGGUGUUGUGGGCUAUCAGGACCACGACAACGGAGGCCACCAGGGAGACCCCUUUCUACAUGGCUUUCGGAUCUGAAGCGGUUCUCCCUAUUGAAACACAAAUCCAGAGUCCCAGGAUCGAAUACUUCAAUGCGAGUACCAACUCAGAGGGCCUAUAG